AGAGGGAGAGCCGCUGCUGCUGUUGUUAAUGUUUUAAAAAGAAAAGAAUUUCCCUCUCUGUUCCCCCCCGUCCCGGGAACUGGCAGCUUGGAAAACCGACAGGACAAACCUGCAGAAGGUUCCUGCCCCUUUUUCUUUCCUUGUGGGUGCUGCAUGGAGUUGGACUGUGCUGUGUCUGUGGGGGUUUUUUUUAAGCCCAGGACAUUUCUGAGUUGCAGAAAGCAGACGGGACUAAGUAACGGAAUCCAAUUUGCGUCAAGGAAGAGGCUAAGGCUUCAGGAAGCAGAUUGGGACACGGUGGCACAUUUCCCUGGAUAAGAGAGAGAGAGAGAGAAGAGAAGAAGGGGCUUUGGAAUGCCCCCACCCAGUGGGCUCAGACGGAAGGCAGUGUGUCUGUGAAGUUUGACAAGAGGUUUGGUGUUUGGGCUGCCAGAGCAGACUCUCUCUCUCUCACACACACAGACACAGCGAUGAAGCUGUGCCCCAGGCUCGUCUUCUUCCUGUGCCUGCUCUCCCAGGCUGACUGCUGCUCACAGUUGCUCACCAACACAUGCAUCUGCAUCGAGGAGAGACCAAAAGGAGCCAGUUACCCCGAGGUGCGGAGGAAGGUGGUGUGCAGCAAACAGGAACUGCAGGAUGUUCCUCAGAGCAGCCUGCUCCCCAACAGGACUGCACAUCUAAUACUGAGCAACAAUAAGAUUGUAAUCCUCAAGGCUGGUGCUUUCUCUGGACUUCAGGCCCUUGAGAAAUUGGAUUUGAAGAAUAAUCUGAUCAGCACCAUCCAACCCGGAGCGUUCCAGGGUCUGUCAGCUCUCCGACGCCUAGACCUGUCCAACAACCGAAUUGGCUGCUUGAAGCCAGCCAUGUUCCAGAACCUGACCAACCUGACCAGAUUGAAUCUGUCAGGAAACAUCUUCUCCACUCUCCACCCAGAGCUCUUCGCUGCCUUGGUCUCGUUGAAAGUGGUUGACUUCAACACGGAAUUCCUGAUUUGUGACUGUAACAUGCGGUGGGUCCUGAACUGGCAGCAGAGAAGGCUGGUACGGGUCUCCAAGGACACCCUCUGUGCCUAUCCCAGGGCACUGAGGAGGCAACCCUUCAGGGACCUGAAGGAAAGCCAACUGGUGUGUGAUGGGCCACUGGAGCUGCCAAUCCUGCAGUUGAUUCCAUCCCUUCGGCAGGUAGUUUUCCAAGGAGAUCGGCUGCCGCUCCUGUGCACCGCCACCUAUUUGGACAACAGCACCAGGGUGUUGUGGUACCAUAACAACAUGUUGGUGCAGCCGCAGGAGGAGGGAGCUGUGAUCACUGUCGAGAGCUUGAUUCAUGACUGCUGCCUGAUAUCCAGUGAAUUAAUCCUUUCAAACAUUUACCUGCUUGCCAGUGGGGAAUGGGAGUGUGUCAUCACAACAUCGCGUGGCAAAGUAUCCAGAAAAGUGGACAUUGUGGUGAUCGACACGUCUGCAACCUACUGUCAGGCUGAACAGGUCACAAACAACAGGGGAGAGUUCAGGUGGCCUCGUACUCUGGCUGGGAUAACUGUCUACCAGCCGUGCCUGCAGUAUCCCUAUCCUUCCAGCUCUGUCAACGGAGUCUCCCUGGAGAAGAGGACUUCCCGGAAAUGCCAGCGCUCAGGCCAGUGGGAGGAUGCGGAUUAUUCCGAGUGUCUCUACACCAAUGACUACACCCGGGUCCUGUACACCUUCAUCCUGAUGCCCAUCAACAGUUCCAAUGCCCUGACCCUUGCUCAUCAGUUGCUGGCCUACACUGUGGAAGCUGCCAAUUUCUGUGAUAUGAUGGAUGUCAUUUACGUAGCUCAGAUGAUUGAGAAAUUCAUCAGCUUCACCGCUGAGAUCCAUGACCUCAGCGACCUGGUUGUGGAAAUGGCCAGUAAUAUGAUGUUGGUGGAUGACCAUGUUCUGUGGAUGGCACAGCAGGACAGUGCUGCCUGUUCCAGGAUUGUCCGAUCGGUGGAACACAUCGCUGUCCUCACCCUGGCGUCGGAUUCCCAGGCCAUCACCAAGGUUUCUACAAACAUUGCUGUGGAAGCGUUCCUGGUGAAGCCGGCCGGAUACAUGGGUCUCAGUUGCACAGCAUUCCAGAGGGAGCACCCAUUCCCCAACAGGGAAGGCCAGGUGCAUGGUACCAGACCACAACUCAGCUUCCGCUGUAACACUGGGAACCUCACCGGCUCUCUGGGAAACUUCCCCGUCAAGAACAGCAUUGCUUUGGCCUCAGUGCAGUUGCCUCUAUCCCUGUUUUCCCAGUCAGCCCCUGGCCCCGGUGGGAACAGCUCCAGUUGCCGGCUGCAGUUUGUGGUGUUCCGUAAUGGGAAGCUGUUCCCCAGCACCGGGAACUCGAGUAACCUCGCUGACCAGAGUAGGCAGAGGAGUCCCUCCACACCAGUCAUCUUCACCGGGACAGAUGGUUGUGGUGUGAGUGAGGCCAGGGAUCCUAUCCUGGUAUCUCUGCGUCACUGGCAAACGGGUGAAGACCAGGUGGCUGCCCAUUGGGACUUUGAGCUUCUCAACGGCCAUGGAGGCUGGCAGAUUGCAGGAUGCCACAUCACACAUACCAAGGCCAACAUUACUAGCAUGUGGUGCCACACAUUCAGUAACAUGGCAGUGCUGAAGAAGAUAAAGACCCAGCCUGUGCCAACUCCUGGUGCCAUCCAAGCUCUCCACCCUAUUAUCUACAGCUGCACCGUGGUCCUCCUGAUAUGUCUCUUCAUUGCCAUCAUUACCUACAUCCUCAAGCACAACACAAUCCGGGUCUCCAGGAAGAAUUGGCACAUGUUCCUGAACCUGUGGUUUCACAUCUCGAUGACGUGUGCUGUAUUCACCGGUGGGAUCAAUCGGACUGAGUAUGGACUGAUCUGCCAAGUGAUCGGGAUAGUCCUCCAUUACUCAUCUUUGUCGACCCUGCUGUGGAUUGGAGUGGCAAUGAGAGUCAUCUACAAGGAAGUGACACACAAACCACCCCGGCAACAAGAGCUUGAAGUGCCCUCACCCAGCCAGAGACCAAUGCUCAGGUUUUAUCUCAUCGCGGGAGGGAUUCCUUUAAUAAUCUGUGGGAUCACAGCGGCAGUGAACCUGCACAAUUACAGUGACUACAGCCCAUACUGCUGGUUGGCCUGGAAGCCGAGCCUGGGAGCGUUCUACGUACCGGUGGGAUUCACCGUACUGGUCAGCUGGAUCUACUUCCUGUGUGCUGCCCUGCAUCUCCGCUGUUACCCACAGGGCAAGGCCAAAGGUCAAAGGGCACCAGAGGGAGAGCAGCAGCUUGCGGCCAACGGCAUCCAGCUGACAGACUCGGGAUCGGGAUCGGGAUCAGGAUUGGGAUCGGGUCUUUCUGAUGGUCCCUCGCUGGCCAAUGAGAAUGAGGAUACCCUGGAGGGCCACCUCUGGGCCCUGAUCACCACGCAACUCCUCUUCAUCGGCCUUUGGACAUUCGGAGCUCUGUCCGUCUCUCAGGCCCAGUCUUUGCAGGUUGUGUUCAGUUGCUUGUACGGGGUGACAGCAGUCAGCCUGGGUCUCCUGGUGCUGAUCCAUCACUGCCUCAAGCAGCAGAAUGUCUGCAGGCCAUGGCUGCCCUGUACAGGGCCAGGACCCACCGUGAACGGUAGCCUGUCCGCCCCUCCUGUCGGCUUGGGGCCUCAGCUCUGCCUGCCAGCCUGGAAGCCAGACAGCCCGCACUCCAACAAGUCCUCCUCGCUGGGGAGUAACUUCUCCGGGGCGGGCCAGGGCAAACUGAGCAACCUGCAGGCAGCCCUGAACCAGGCGGACUCCCCCAACCCCAGCGGCCUGACACCGUGCGACGUGGAGGAGCUGCCACAGCCCAGCAGUCAGUGGGCCCGGGCUAAGGCCCCUCGCCACUGUAAACACCACCAGGUCAGGAGGCCGAAGGGGGCAGUGUCGGACCCGGGCUCCAGUGAGAACGGCAGCCAGCUGGAGAGCUGUGCCAGCAGUCGCACCAGUCAGUGGAGUCACCUCGGCACGGGGAGAGGGGCAGCUGAACCAGAUGCCAGUGUGAGCCCCUCAGAGGGAAGUGACACUGGCAGCCAGCCCCAGUGCCACAGCACAGCGAUACAGUGCAGCGUCAGCGGGGAGAACCUGAAACAGCCAGCCACCUUGGACAAUCAAGUCAAGAGAAGGUCGUACCCACUGAACACGGUCAGCCAGAAUGGCACCUUCAAGGGCAGCAAGUACGACGUCACGCUGUUCGGUGGUGAGGGAAACCCAACCAUAAAUACCAGCAUGUGGAAGAGUGAGACAACAGUGUAGCUCAUCGCCGACACCGGGGAGAUGCUCCCAAACUGGGACCUUCACCAAAGCCACCAACCCUACCCACCGUCUGCUCCAGAGGUCAAAGGGAAACACACCAACGUGAGCUGGUCUCUCGUAGUGAGCUCUUUCCUGAAUGGGCCCCCCCCCCGGGAAGCUGCCGUGACAUCUCACUCUCACCGCCAAAGGGGGGCAUUUUCCGAGCGUCCAGCUGGAUGGCUGCUCAAGGAAGGUCGGAGGUCAGACCGAAGCCCCACCAAACAGGAAAGACUGUCCCUCUGCACUGACCUGGAUCACAGACUGUGGAAGGGAAAAGGAACAGUGUGGGAGGAAGGGGAAUGGGGAGGAAGUGAAAGGAAUGGUGUGUGUGUCUGUGUGUGUGUGUGUGUGUGUGUGUGUCUGUGUGUGUGUGUGUGUGUCUGUGUGUGUGUGUGUGUGUGUGUGUGUGUGUCUGUGUGUGUGUGUGUGUGUGUGUGUGUCUGUGUGUGUGUCUGUGUGUGUGUGUGUGUGUGUGUGUGUCUGUGUGUGUGUGUGUGUGUGUCUGUGUGUGUCUGUGUGUCUGUGUGUGUGUCUGUGUGUGUGUGUGUGUGUGUGUCUGUGUGUGUGUGUGUGUGUGUGUGUGUGUGUGUGUGUCUGUGUGUGUGUCUGUGUGUGUGUGUGUGUGUGUGUGUGUGUGUGUGUGUGUGUCUGUGUGUGUGUGUGUGUGUGUCUGUGUGUGUGUGUGUGUGUGUGAGAGAGACUCUGUUAGUUUUGAUUGUGUGCAGAUCGGGAACAAGCUGCUCAUGCACUUGAUGAAGAAAUUCUGUGCUUUACUGCAACAUAACUUACCAGGGUUUACCGUGCCGUGCCUUAACUUAACAUGCCUUACCGUGGUGAUUUAUAGCACCCUGUGCCUUACCGUGGCGUGUCCCCCCCCCCCCCCGGUGUGUUACCGUGCUGUGUCCCCCUCCCGGUGUGUUACCGUGCCGUGUCCCCCCUCCCGGUGUGUUACCGUGCCGUGUCCCCCCCGGUGUGUUACCGUGCCGUGUCCCCCCUCCCGGUGUGUUACCGUGCCGUGUCCCCCCUCCCGGUGUGUUACCGUGCCGUGUCCCCCCUCCCGGUGUGUUACCGUGCCGUGUCCCCCCUCCCGGUGUGUUACCGUGCUGUGUCCCCCCCGGUGUGUUACCGUGCCGUGUCCCCCCUCCCGGUGUGUUACCGUGCUGUGUCCCCCCGGUGUGUUACUCUGCCUACUGCACUAACCCUGAGCUGUCUGACUUGUGUGGCCAUACGUCAGGAUGCACGGCUGGGAAACCUGUCACUCUCAGCAUGGGGCCGGUUUGCCUUAAACAUAUAGAGUAUUACUCUUCUAUAAGUGCCAAAGAGUUAUAUAAAUCUGAUCGAGACUGA